AUGUUGGACAACAACGAUGGGAACAUGGCGGCCGCCCUGGUGCAGAUGACUUGUAUGUACAGGGGAAUGUUAGCGGUUAGGGCGACAGGUAUCAGGCCCCUGAUACCAGGGCUGGUCCCGGCUCACUUUCGGGCUUUCUCGAUGCGGAAAGAACCGGAAUUGGAGGACAACCCUUACUACAAUAAAUACCAGGAAAAGAUACAGAAAAUGCGCAGUUCCAGAUCUCAAGAGUUCAAGGCCCGAAUGGAGAAACGCCACGAGUCCAAAAAAGAAAUACUGGGCUCGUCCAACCAAGCAGAUUUUGUGCGGGUCGUGGAACAACAGUUGGACAAGCGAGAUAAACUGGCAGCUGACAAUGGAACAUCAGGAGGUUUCACCAAAAAUAAGUCGCUGGGCUCCAUUCUCAACCUGGAGCUGAUCCAGGACAAGACAGGUGAAGAGAUUGCAGAGCUCUGGAGGAACUAUUAUGCCACCAAGGACACAAUCAGUGCUGUCAUUCCAAGACGGACAUAUGAGAUUAUUGCCACUCGAGCACAGUCAUGUCCUAUGUUCUUGUAUGCUCUGCCACAGAAUGAGGGUUAUGAGUUCUUUGUGGGUCAAUGGUCCAGCCAUGAGCUCCAUUUCACCUCCCUAAUCAACAUUCAGACACAUGGGGAGAGUGCCCCAAGUCAAGUGAUCCUCUACCACUAUCCAGACUUGAAGGAGAACAAGGGCAUCGUGCUUAUGACGGCAGAGUUGGACCCCAAGUUCUUAACUGUCCAGCAGGCUCAGUGUUUGGCCAAUCAGGUGCAGCUCUUCUAUGGGACGAAAAGGCAAGAGACAUUCCGGUUGGUGGAGACAUUUAAUCACCACCCAGCGGAGUUUAAACACAUGUCAGUGAUUGCAGAGCUGGAACAGAGUGGCAUAGGAAAUGCGCUCACCUCUACAUCGUCAAACAAAGAGUGA